UCUUAGUGGAGAGAUCUUCCUUUUUGAUGGUGUUCUCUUUGAGUGGAUCAGCAGCACCCAUAACACAAUCCUUGCAAGGUUAAAUUGCAACAUUACCUCUUCAGAUCAAGAGGAAUGUACCUCCAAUACAAUCUGCUAAGUACUUGAAUCAAUGUAUUACGACUUGGAGGCCAUGACGCGUCUGAUCUGUUCCAUUUCCACUUGAGUUCAAUUGUCUUUUAAGUCAUCACAAUGUGUACCUCCACCUUGGGAAUAGUCUGCCCUCAGACUUGUUGCAUGAAAUUUAACCUUAGACAAGGAAUUUUCAUCAUAGUAGCUGUACGAUCUGUCAUUUAUUUAAUCACCAUCAUUGUCACUUUGAAACCAUUUUACCAAUCUGUGGAGGAGCCCUUGACACUUCCAACAUCGGAUGAGAAUUCCAAAACCAGCAUCUUCAUCACCGAAGAUGAAUCUCAAGAAUUGGAGCCUCCCGAAACUUUCGCAGCACUCAUGGCAGUAUUCUUUGGCAUCUGUUUUUCCGUGGAGAUGAUGCUCUUGGCCGGAGUUAUUUGGGCGGUUCAAUGUCUCAUCAUAACAUGGCUCUGCUAUUCAUUGGUCAUAUUCGUAUUUUUCUUGGGUUUAAUUGUGGAUUCGAUUCAUGAUUGGGAUUUGGUAUCCAUUUAUGGGAUCGUCUUGGCCCUUCAUUCGUAUUGUUGUCUCAUCGUAUUUUCGGCUCUCAUGGUGGCUAAAUCCAAUAACGGCGAGAUCAUACAAAGAGGAAAUGGUCCCGCCCAAUUUCAGGACUUGGAAAGUGGUGGAUCUGACGAUAGAGGGCAAGGCUAUCCAAUGAUGUUGCCACACUCCGAAAAGGCUAUAUAUGAUGAAGCGCCGAUUGUAACGCCCUCGGCUCCACCUCCUGAUUAAGAGCUGGUGUUGGUUGAAGCACCGAAGGAUUAUAUGUGGAAAAGAGUGCAAAAAUGCGAAACAAAGUCAGAUAUGGUUCUAUCCAAACAAUACCUAAAGUAUGUACCUAUGUCAUUCAUUAUGAACAUUAAUUCAUAUUUAGUUUCGAUAGAGAUGCUACUCACCAAGAAAUCGUUCAAUAAAUUUCAUUUUCAAAAAAAGG